AUGAUCUUACUAUACUUGACCGCGGCUUCAGCCUUGUUCGGUUCUGCGUGCUCCCAGAAGACCAGGGUGGAAGGCCAAGUGGGAGCUGAGAACUCGACCACACCCUCGACAAAGGAAGGCGACCAUACUAUGCACUACGUGACCGUCGGCAAGAAUGAGAACAACUACUACCCCAACAGUAUCGUCGCAAGUCCAGGAGACAUCAUCUCCUUCCAGUUCUACCCACUCAACCACUCGGUCAUCAAAGCAGCUUAUGGCUUCCCAUGCAUACCCUACGAAGACACCGGGUUGCCUGGAAACACCUUCUACUCUGGGUGGAUGCCGGUGGCCCAGAUACAACCUGAUCCUCCUGUCUGGAACCUCACCAUCAACGACACAGAACCGGUCUUCUACUACUGCGGCGCACCAGGUAGCUGUAUCGACUGGGGCAUGGUGGGGGUCAUAAACGCAAAUGCGUCGACGUCGAUCAGCACGCAGAUCGCGCUCGCCCGACAGGCAGACUUCCAGCUACUUCCAGGCGAACCCUUUCCGAACGAAGCUCAGCAGGCCUCCAUGGCAUCACUGGCCGCCACAGCAACGACGGCAUCAUUGACUGUCACUGCGACUGCAGCGUCAGAAAGUGGGUCGGGACAUGCGCAUGGCCACGAUCAGGAAGACUAUGACGACCGAAGCGACAGCUCAUCGUCAAGCUUAUCGACCGGUGCCAUCGCAGGCAUAGCCGUGGGGGCCGGCAUCGGCGGCAUCGCGGACGCGGCGUUGUUUUUCCUCAUGUGCCGCACAAGAUCGCUCAAGCGACAGCUCGACCAACAACAAGCCACGGCACAGCAUCCGCAUCACAGUUGGUUCAAUAAUCAGAGCCGGCAUGCGAGCAGUCUGCCGCCGUAUCAGGGGAUCGACCAGCAUGGCAGAGACAGCCUGAAGCCGGAGGGGGUUGGUGGUCUCGGAAGUGAGCGAUCUCAGAGUGUGAGUCCGCAGCCUACGCCGUAUCAGGUGCAGCAGGGUCAAUUCGUGCCGUAUCGGCCGAUGGAGCAGCGGUAUACACAAAUGACUUCGGCAUCCGAGCUGAGUGGCCCGCGAGCACCGCCGGUCGAACUUGAUGCGCUUCGAGAACAGACACAUACGGGCCUGACAUACCGAGACUACCGGUGA